UGCCGGAGCUGAUGUUGCUCCAGGCUAGAGGGAAGAUUAAUGGGCAACGUCUGGUGGCGGUGAGAUGACGAAUGUUUUGGAAAAGGGAGCUACGGGAGAGCUGCCUCACUCUCUCUCUCUCUCCCUUCCCGAAAGGAACUCGUGUGCAUUUGCGUGAAAUAAUUAAUAUAAAUUAUUGUGAUUUCGCCUACCACUUUCAAGGCCUUUUUGCUCAUUUCGUGACGGGGAAUGCUUAAUGGUUGACCACGUUAUAACAGUACUUUCUGUAUAGCUUUUUUUGUAGAGUCCUUUCGGGAAAUGUUUCCAGGUCGGUUUGACCAGUUGUCUUCAAGUGUGCCUGUUUCUUGCACGCACUAACGCUUCUUACGCUCGCGCCAAGAACCUCGCACUCUUGGCGCAUCUGAAUGAUUACUUCAUCGAUGUUAAAGUGUCCACUACCGUACGCAGCACAUCGCUACUGCUACUUAUCAUCGAGCCUGCCCAACAGACCUGUCAAAACAUGGCCGAGAUGAGGGAAAACCGGUUCACUACCGGUCCAAUCCGUGUGAGCUGAUCCGAGCCGCCUCAGACCAUCCACCAGCAUCCCAUAUGUAUGGAGCGCACAUCGCAGAAGGGGCUCAUUACGUAGGACUGUCACUGGCGUUCGCUGACGAACGCGCGAAGAUAAUCGUAAUCGUAAUCGAUUAGCAGCACUUUAGUCGAUAAGGAAAUCUGAAUGCUUCAAUCGAUCGCUUUAAUUGCUGCAGUGUGUGUCAUAAGCGAGUCCGAUUGGUGCCUCGUAUCAGUCAGCUGUUUGACAGUAUCGGACACUGUUGAUCGCAGUGCAAUGUGCUACAUACGAGCGAUAAUGUUUGAAGUCGCUGAUACAUGUGUCUGUGAUGUUCGAUAGAAUUAUAGAGGAUUGCUUGUGGGAGUUAUGCUUAAUCCUAGAGCUAGAGAUUUAAAAUAUGUCACACGAUAUAAUAAAAAUUAAGGAACAUCUUAAAGAAAUAUUAAACAUCCUGACUUAGACCACUGGAAGUUCAUGUGCCGAAGAAGUAGUAUACACCCCCCUUAGCUAACAAAGAUCGCUCUCAGCAUAAUCUCCAAUCAAUAAGAGCUGAUUCAUGGCGCGUACCUACCACAAACCAAACUCUGCAUUUCCUGACGCGCUUCAAGUCUGUGAGGGGUUCCAAGUUCACGCUUGCCCCCCUUAGGGCCGGCUUAUCGCACUUCCAGUCGACUCCGUUUGCCAAACAACCAUCCGUACACGCCGCUGGGAACGAACCAAUUCCGCGUACAACUCGAUUACAACAUCAUUCUUGCGCUCGUCACCGGUCACGGUUUCAUCGUUGGUGAUCCACCCAAAAACAAACGGCGCAACGAACCACGUCACGACCUGUAACAACCGCCGGUGGGAUCUACUAAGAAUAGCCUACGAUUUGCUGGAACACGAGAACUUCCCCGGCGAAACUAGACACCACGGAACACGGAAGGAACGAACGGUAGUGCUCGAAUAACGUGAAACAAUAAACAACCGACCGGGUUUUGGGUGUGGACGGAAGCCCGUUCCGAUCGUCCAAUUCCCAUGAUCGGUUGCUGGUGAUCUAGUUGGUGGUUUCGUUGCUGUCUGUUUUCUUGAAAAGUGCUUGAGCGUCGUUAAGCGUAUUGAGCAAGCAGUACUGAGUGCGCUUCAAACCCUUCUGAGCCUGAGAAAUAAUCAAAAUGUGUUGUGUAUUUGUGUGUCUGUCGCUUCCACGAGACUCAAUCAUGCUCGUGUACAGGUUAGUGAGCAUCGUAGGGCUGUGCCUGGUGGACCGAGUCGCUGCAAGCAACGAUUGCAACACUGCACAAACCACCCGUCCAUCAUCGGUCACGAACGAAUCAAUAACGACCGUUGACAAACUGCACUACCAGCUCAACGCUACUGGAGCGAUCCUGAACGAUUCCCGUAAACCGUUGCCGACCCUUACCAACGGUCAUCUAGGAUUCACCGUGUUUGAGGACGCGGUGUACAUGGCCGGACUGUACAAUGGUGCCGGUGGUCUAAGCCACCGGGCACGCAUCCCGAACCUCGCCAACAUACAGCCGGACAACGGUUGCUACGCAGGAACGGACCACACCUGCAUCGUAACGCUCGAUCUUUGGAGUGGACUGUUUCGCGUAAGCUAUACGGAUUCGGAGCAAUCCUACCGGAUGACGCACUUGCUCUAUCCGCACGCUUUAUACCGGCGCUUGAUCGUUAAUCAGUUCCGGUUCGAGCGACUGAAACCGACCGUUGGCGACAUCAGCUUACCGCUUCGACCGGGCACAGCUUUCACCAGCGAGGACAUUCAUUUUCAACCCAUUACUACUACGCUUGCCCGGGUGGGUCGUGUGCACUCGAGCUGUCCGGGCUCUGCUGCCGACGGCACGGCUCCCAUUUAUCGUAGCUGUGGCACAACGCUCGAGGUAGAGAAUUCCACCUAUCAGAGCGAGGGCAGAUCGGUGUGUGUGCUGUGGAAUCACAUCCCAGAACGGUUGAUACUGGGCGAGAAUGAGCAGACGGUGCAAUACCGCUUCUUGGUGGCCGUUGGUGAAAAUAUAGCCGUGGCGGAAAAGGAGCUAACCACAGCUCUGGCCCAAACGGACGAAGCGUUACUGCUGGCGCAUACAUCACUGUGGCAUACGUUCUGGCACCGUUUCGACAUCCUAAUGACCGGAAACGAACCGUUACGAGCGGUCGUCCGGUCCAGCGUCUUCUAUCUGGUCAGCAAUCUACCGUUCGAGGCAAGCUUCACCCGAUCGCCCGGCCCGUUCUGGGGUCUCAGUCCAACCGGGCUCGGGCGCGGUGGCACCAACCUGGACGACUACGAGGGCCACUCGUUUUGGGAUACGGAAGUUUGGAUGUUUCCCGUGCUGAAUCUGAUCGAUCCGUGGUACGCGCGGCUGCUGAUAUCGUACCGCACGAAGAUGAUGCCCACCGCGAAACGGCUCGCUGCCGAGUCUGGUUACCAGGGUGUUCGAUUUCCCUGGGAGAGUGCAUUUACAGGCGUGGAGGUAACGCAACCCUGCUGUCCAGCGGUGGCAAAGUACGAGCAUCAUAUAACGGGGGAUGUAAGCUUCGCGCUCAGACAGUACCUUGCCACCACACACGAUCUUGACUGGCUGCGAGGGCAGGGUGGAUGCGAAAUGGUACAGUUAAUAGCGGAGUUCUGGAGCAGUCGCGUUCGGUUCAACUAUACCGGUACGGAGAACUACGACAUACCGGCGGCAAUGGGACCGGAUGAGGAUCAUGAAAAUGUAACCAACAACGCGUACACGAACGUGAUCGCCGGCUAUGCUUUGUAUUUUGGCGAUUUCGUCAGUUGUAUCUGUGGCGAUGAUGUCACCGCAAAGCAUUGGAGCAGAAUCGCCAAACAGAUCAAGCUCCUUUACGAUCCUGUUGGUGAUUUUCACAUCCAGUACGAAGGCUACCUGGCGUCCACCAAAAUUAAGCAAGCAGAUGCAGUGCUGCUUGGCUAUCCGCUGCAAUACCCCGAAAUGCGCCCCGGCACGCUGCGGAAUGAUCUGCUCGUCUACGAACCGGUAACACGCGCCACCGGACCCGCUAUGUCCUGGUCAAUGUAUGCCAUCAACCAUCUCGACGUAGGAAGCUACCGAGAGGCGGCCGAAAAUUUUAACCGUAGCUAUCUACCCUACAUCCGCGGACCGUUCCACGUGUGGCACGAGCUUCGGAAGCCGGGUCCGGGCGGUGCUCGAAACUUUAUAACCGGUACGGGUGGAUUUCUACAGGCCGUACUGUUCGGGUACGCCGGACUGCGGGUGUAUCUGGACCGGCUGGAGCUUUCCUCGGUCACCGGCAGCGAAGUAACGGCGAAGGGAGUGCAGUAUCUUGGGGCACUUAUCGUGGUAACGCAAACGGUUGACAAAGCGGAAAUCGUUGUGACUCACCUGGAGCACGAGCUGACGAUAGAGAUAGGGCAUCGGAAUGCUGCUGUUGCUGUCGUCCCGUACCAAGUCUAUUCACUGCCCAAAGGUGUGAAGGCGAUAAUACGGGCCAGGUCCUAUCCGUACGGGGAAUGUGCUUUACCGGAGGAUGUUAUUGGACAUUCAGCAUAGGUGCCAUCGUGAAGUUAGCUUGUAUUGCUUCCAAAACCUUCAGAACUCCAAAUAAAUUGCUAACAAGUGAUUGCAAGAUGUAAACAA